CUGGGGCGGCCACCCACGCGUCUGCUUUGCGGCCCGACUUCUUGCUACUCUUGGAACGUUCUGGAAGUUUGGGGUGACGUAGCAUCACGGACCUGCUGGUCGGAUUGUGGCACCGUUAGAAGCUGGCUUGAUCCAAAGAAGGGAGAUGGCUGAAAAUGGCACAAAAGAAAAAAUAAAAUGGACAACCACCAUUAUUAUUAGCUCAUCUCUUAAGAGUUGUGAAGUUGCAACUGCCCUAGAUCGAAGCCACAAGAUUCGGUAUUCAGAUUCAGUGGAAAAUGGAUCAAUUAUCUUUUCUCUUUCUGGAGUUGCAUUUUUAUUGAUGGAUGCUAAAGAAUGCUUUACAUCAGCUGAAGAAAUAUUUCUAGCCAAAAUUGAGAAGUUUAUUAAUAUUCACCAAAAGAGUUUUUUGGUUCUGUCUGCUCCCUUCCAUGGGCCUGAGGAAUGUAAACUGAUGUUCAGGAUUCAGCAGAGAUUCCUGGGUAGUAACUUACGGAUACUUCCAGUACACAACACUGUAAAUGUUAUUAAUCUUAUGUGCACUAUAGCUAAGAUGGCCUCCAAACCAAAUAUAGAUACCAUCUGCUAUAGAAUGAUAACAACUGAGGCUUACAUCAUUGAGCAAAGUCCUGUUUGGAAAACACUUCAAAAGUUAAAACUGAGUAGUGAUUCAUUUAACCCAAGUUAGAAUAACAAUUACAAAUGUUCUUUUGAAAGAAUAUUAAAAUAAGUAGACCACUUCAAUUAUAAUGUUCAAAUAUAUGUUUACUUUAAAGAUUCUUUAAAAUUUUAAAUAAAAUGCAUAAGACUAAAAUUGA